AUGGAGAAAGCAAGCAAUAUCCUUACAAUCAAUAGGCAAGAUUUUGAGUGUCUGGAACAAAUUGGUAAGGGAGGUUCCUCAAGAGUUUACAAGGCCCGUGCUGUCAACGGCAAAAGAGAUUAUGCGAUCAAGGUUGUCACAUUCGACCAAUUUGACGAGGGUGCCAUCGCAAGCUUUAAGGGAGAAAUUGAGAUUUUGAAGAAGCUUAGGGAUCAAGAAAGAGUCGUCAAACUAAUAGAUCACAGUCUGAAGGAUGGUUCACUUAUGCUUGUGAUGGAAUGUGGUGAUAUAGAUCUUGCCCAUGUCCUUGCGAAUCGCUCUAAUUUACCUUUUGAUCCAAGUUUUACCAGAUAUCAUGCUGUUGAGAUGAUAAAGUGUGUGAAAGCAGUUCACGAUGCGGGAAUCGUUCAUUCCGAUCUAAAACCUGCCAAUUUUUUAUUUGUCAAGGGGACGUUGAAACUCAUUGACUUUGGAAUCUCCAAUUCGCUUUCCGAUCAUACGGUCAAUAUUUAUCGUGAAUGCCAAAUAGGCACUCCAAAUUAUAUGGCCCCUGAGACUCUUAUCGAGGUCAAUAAUACUCUGAAAGGAGAUGGCCUAAAUGGAACCUGGAAGGUUGGGAAGCCUGCUGAUAUAUGGUCAUGUGGGUGUAUUAUCUACCAAAUGGUUUACGGAAAGCCGCCUUAUGCGAAUUAUACUGGCAACAAACGAAUCUUGGCAAUUACAAAUCCAAAGGUUGAGAUACAGUAUCCGCGAGUUACCACAGAUGGAACAAGGGUUAAUGGGCUGGUGAUUGAUACAAUUCAGCGCUGUCUGAAAAGAAACCCAUCUUUGAGGUCCAAUGCAGAUCAACUACUGGAAACGGACUUUCUCAAACCCAAGGUAGUUACCCAUAAGUUCAUUAAUGAUCUAGUUCGCAACGCAGUCAAGUAUGGGAGCACGCAUCCGAAUAUUUCUGAGCACAAGCUUGAUAUUCUUGUUGAGGAUGUAUGGAAAAAGGUUAACGAGUAUAGUUGA